AUGGCGUGUCGCGGCGCCUGCUGCUGCUCCAGCGCGGGUCGCCUCAACGCGGACAACGCGCGGUUCCUCCUGCUGGCGGUGCUGAUCGUGCUGUACAUGCUGUGCGGCGCCGCUGUCUUCUCAGCCAUCGAGCUGCCCACGGAGCGGGAGGCUAAGGAGCGCUGGGAGGAACGCCUGGAGAACUUCACCCGGCGCCACAACCUCAGCCGUGCCGAUCUCCAGCACUUCCUCCGGGAAUACGAGGAGGCAAGCGUGGCCGGCAUCCGCGUCGAUGACAUCCGGCCCCGAUGGGAUUUCACCGGCGCUUUCUACUUCGUGGGCACCGUCGUUUCUACUAUCGGGUUUGGUAUGACCACCCCAGCCACCAUUGGAGGCAAAAUUUUUCUGAUCUUUUACGGCCUUAUAGGAUGUGCAGGGACCAUUUUGUUCUUUAACCUGUUCCUGGAGCGCUUGAUCACUGUCAUAGCCUACAUCAUGAAGUCCUGCCACGAGAGACAGCUGAGGAGGAAAGGGGUUCUCCCUCACAACGGCCGCCGGGGCUCGGGGAGCUCCGAGGUGGACAGCCUGGCGGGCUGGAAGCCCUCUGUGUACUAUGUAAUGCUGAUUUUAUGUGUAGCAUCCCUCAUCAUUUCCUGCUGUGCCUCUGCAAUGUACACACCGAUUGAAGGGUGGAGUUAUUUUGACUCACUUUACUUCUGCUUUGUGGCCUUCAGCACCAUUGGUUUUGGUGAUCUGGUCAGUAGCCAGAACGUCAGGUAUGAGAGCCAGGGUCUUUACCGCUUUGGCAACUUUGUCUUCAUACUCAUGGGGGUGUGCUGCAUCUAUUCCUUAUUUAAUGUGAUCUCUAUUGUCAUCAAGCAGUCCAUAAACUGGAUAUUAAAAAAAUUGGCCUGCAAGUGCUGCCACAGGUGCCAAAGAAGAUUAUUUCGUUCACGGAGGAAUGUGGUGAUGCCAGGAAAUGUGCGCAGCCGGAGGAACAUCUCCAUCGAGACUGACGGCGUCAAUGAGAGCGACACGGACGGACGCCGUCUGUCAGGGGAGAUGAUCUCCAUGAAAGACUUCCUGGCCUCCAAUAAAGUCUCACUGGCCAUCAUGCAGAAACAGCUGUCAGAAACUGCUAAUGGGUAUCCAAGGCAAAUGAGCUCUAACUCGAAGCAAAAUGGAUUCUCUAGUGGGGUUGGAGCCCUGGCAAUUAUGAAUAACAGACUGGCAGAGACAAGUGUGGAUAGGUAAAAUAAGGACAGUAAUAGCAGUGAAAGAGUGUGAAUCAUUUCAACAGGUAUUGAAACAACGUGAAUCAAAUGAAAUAGCUAGGGAGAGAGCACCACCUGAGAGUGGGAUCAUGUGGAGGGCAUGCCUCCUGAUGGAAGACCUCUUGACUUUUUGGGGGGCUGUCACUUAAUGUUUUUGCAUUGUA